GGAGUCUUCGGGGAGGUAUGGAGGAUUUUGGGGAGGUGCCGUGAGGAGCUCACUAUUAAUAUUGAGACUCUAUAGCCGCUCUCUCUGUUUGGUUCCUUCGCGGUCUCGGUUCCUGCUGUCCAGACGGUCGCUAUGUCCACGUCACAGAGGCUGGUUCUGGUUCUCGGGGGAGCCGGUACCGUUGGGUCAGGGAUUGUGAAAUGUCUUUUGGAGAAAGGGUUCCAGGUGGCCGUCAUCUCCAGAGAGAAUUCCCGCUUGGAGAAGCUGAUGAGUUUUGUGCCGGCGCAGCACAGGGAGAGUCUUCACACCGUGGUCGGAAACGUGGGUUCGGAGCAGAGGGCGCAGGAGGCGGCAGCGGCUCUGGUCAGCAGAGUGGGAAAGGUGACCGAUGUGGUGUCCUCGCUGGGGUUCAGCUGGUGGCAAGGAGGUCCACCCCAUACACAGUCCUUGCAGGAGCUGCAGAGGGUGCUGGACACUCUGCUCCUCAGCACCUUCACCUCCUGGAAGGCCUUCUUUCCCUUGGUGAAAGAUAAUCCAAAUGGAACGUACACCUUUAUUACAGGGGGCGCUGGCGAACGUUUGCUUAUGCCCGGCACUGGAUUCCUAACCUUGGGCGCAGCAGGAGCCUUGGCGUUUUCUCAGGUGGUUCGUGAGGAGUAUCCGGAUAUUCCUUGUAAACUAAAUGAGGUAAAAAUCAACAUGGGAGUGGCUCCUCCGGAGCGUCUUGGACCUGGGUAUGUGAGUCACUUGGAGGUAGGAGAAGCAGUUGCGUCACUGGUGGAAAAACGGAGGGUGUCCCACACAGUGCUGUGCGCCAACUCCACCACCGACCUCAAGACACUUAUCUUAGAGGGGAAGGUGUGAGCUUUGGCAUAAGUUCCCGUGUUUGAAACCUGACUCAUAUUCCAUGUGUGAACCGUAACAAACCCUUCCACCAUGAGCACGUGUACUGUGUCAUCACUCCUUCUGCCCAGUAACGUCUUGGAGAACAUCAAGGCCUUCAUAAUUCUCCAUCUGCUUAGUUCCUGAACAAGUUCCUCUGAUCUACUUGGGGAGAGUUUUUAAGCUUCAUCCUUUGGAAACAUUCAAAGAGGUCUGUCUCUUGAGGGCACCACCAUUUCUUUCAGUGACCUGGGGACCAGAUUCUAGAUGGACAGUCCCUUGAAGAAGCUAUGACUGGUCUGGUCUACUGGGUGAUGAACUUCAGGGUGUCGUCCACUAGUUUAUGACGACGCCUUCUACAGCCCCUGUUUCGAUUUGCAGCCUGUGAUCGUUCUGUUUUCGAUUUCUCCGGGAGUUUAAUAAUGAAGAGAUGAUUCCAUAAAUUCAUCCCCCGACCAUCUGUUGUAAUCUCUGAUGGCUCCUACAGACUACACCCCCACCCCCCUUCCCUCACCACUCCAAUCCCUGAUGGGCUGUUCCAUGUGAAUUGAAUAAAUACGUGAUGAAAUAA